AUGGCAGCCUAUGACCAUGACCCCUUGUCGUCUUCUCUCACCUCCGACUCGCCGUCUUACCUCUCCAUCGCCGCCCUUCCGUCCUCCUCAGACGGCGGCGGCCACCACCCGACCGACUCCGAUCUGUGGUGCCUCACCUCACUCAGCUCGAACCUCGGGCAGCUCGUGUCGGCUGCCGAGUUCAACGACUACAGCGACGCCGAGAUCGUGGCCGACGGCAUCCCCGUCGGCGUCCUACGUGGCGUCCUGGCCGCGAGGAGCCCCUUUUUCCACGACCUUUUCCGGAAGGAUCGCAUUCGCACCAAUGCCACGGAGCGGAAGUACCUGCUUUCUGAUCUGGUGCCGGGCGGGACUGUUGGUUAUGACGCGUUUUUGACGGUCUUGAUUUACUUGUACACGGGCCGGGUCAGGCCUGCCUCACCCGAUGCUUCCACGUGCGUCGACGAGGCAUGCCCCCACCACGCGUGUGUGCCGGCAGUCGACUAUCACGUGCACCUCUUGUACGCUUGUGCCGCCUUCCAGAUCAAUCACCUCAUGGAUUUCGUUGAGCGACGCCUUCAAUAUUUGGCAAACCAAGUUCUGGUGGAGGACAUGAUCCAAAUCGUGAGGGCCGCAAUCCACUGCGGCUCGACGCGCCUCGUCUCCCACUGUGUCCACCGGAUCGCACGUGUCGACAUUGAUGACGUCAUCGUGGACCGGACCCUCCCGGCCGAUAUUGUCACCCAGAUCAAAACCAUCCGCGCGGAGUCUGAUUACGAACAAGAGCACGACUCAUCACAAGUGAAGCUCCUCCACUACCUCAACCGCAAGGUCAACAAGAGGAUCUACCGGGCCCUCGACUUGGACGACGUCCAGCUCGUGAAGCUGCUGCUCGACGAGUCGAACCUCACCCUGGACGAGACCUACGCCCUUCACUACGCGGCCGCAUUCUGCAGCCCCAAGGUGUUUGACGAGGUCUGGUCCCUCGGAAAGGCCGACUUGAACAUUCGAAACGCGAGGGGCUACACGGUACUCCACAUAGCCGCCAAGCAGAGGGACCCGUCGAUUGCGCUGAGGGUUCUGGAGCACGGCGGGUGCCCGAUGGUGCGCACGUGGGAUGGGAGGACGCCGGCUGUGAUGCGGAGGAGAAUAACCCGGCCCAAGGACUUUUACAGCACGGCGGGGCCUGGGAAAAAGACCAAUAUGGACCGGCUUUGUAUAGAGAUUUUGGAAAGGGAGAUGCGCGGCUGGAGCCUGUGGAAAGGGACCGUGCCGGAGAAGGAAUCGGCUAUGGUGGCGACACAUGAUCUUCGCAUGAGCCUUCUGCUUCUUGAGAACAAAGUGGCAAUGGCGCGAUAUUUGUUUCCUGAGGAAGCAAGAUUAGCUAUGCACAUAGCACGUGCAGAUUCGACCUCGGAGUUUUCAGGGCUUUCGACAUCGACAGGCAGCUCGUCCAGAAACUCUAGUGACGUUGAUUUAAAUGAAAUGCCACCCGAGCAAGUCAAUAGGCUUCAACAGAGACUGCAAGCCCUGCAAAAAGCCGUGGAAGCAAGUCGCCGGUUUUUCCCCAACUGUGCGGAUGUUGUGGAUAAGUUGGUGGAGGACGACACAUUAGGCGACCUCUUGUUGGAAAAAGGUAGUCCCGAGGAGCAGAGAACGAAAAGAGUGAGGUACAUGGAACUCAAGGCAGACUUGAUGAAGGCGUUCGAUAAAGAUAUGGCAAAAAAAAAAAUCAUGGGGACCAGCAGCAACGAUCUCCUGUCAUCUUCCCUGAGCUUCGGCUCGUCCACAUACCUCUUCACCGGCGGCUACGAACUCGAGUCGAACUUCGAGUCGUCGAGCCUCAACCGGCUCAGCUCAAACCUCGAGCGGCUGCUUCUAGCUGCCGAGUACAACGACUACAGCGAUGCUGAGGUUGAAGCCGACGGCAUCUCGGUCGGAAUCCUCCGCGGCCUCCUCGCCACCAGAAGCCCGUUCUUCCACAAGCUGUUUCAAGACAAGAAACCGGACGUGGGGCCCGCCGGAAAACCCAAGUACCUUCUGUCGGAGUUGGUUCCCGGUGGGAACGUCGGGUACGAAGCUUUCGUGGUCAUCUUGAUUUAUCUUUACACGGGCCGGUUGAGGGGCCCGCCUCCCGAGGUUGCUACGUGCAUUGACGAGGCGUGCCCCCACGAUUCGUGCGUGCCGGUGGUCGAUUAUCACGUGCAGCUCAUGUACGCUUGCCAUUGCCUUCUAAACUACGUUAACAAAGUUCGUGUCGAGGAGAUAGUCCCGAUUGUCAAAGCCGCAAUCCAUUCCGGGUCGGGCGCGCUCGUCUCUCACUGCAUCCAACGGAUCGUGAGGAUCGACGUCGAUGAUGUCAUCAUCGAUCGGACCCUCCCGGCCGAUAUCGUAUCCCGAAUCAAAUCUCUACGUUCGAAAUCCAACUACGAGGAAGAGCACGACUCGUCGCAAGUGAAGCUCCUCAACUACCUCAACUGCAAGGUCAUCCAAAGGAUAUACAAAGCCCUCGACUCGGACGAUAUCCAGCUCGUGAAGUUGUUGCUCGACGAGGCAAACCUCUCCCUCGACGCGGCUUAUGCCCUCCACUACGCGGCCGCCUUUUGCCCGCCUAAAGUGUUUGAUGAGGUCAAGAGCCUCGGGCAGGCCGACUUGAAUUUGAGGAACGCGAGAGGUUACACGGUUCUCCACAUAGCCGUUAGGCGAAAGGAUCCUUCGAUAGUGUUGAGGGUUCUUGAGAGUGGCGGGUGCGUGAUGGACCCCACGUGGGAUGGGAGGACUGCGCUUACAAUAAGGAGGAGGUUGACUCGACCCAAGGAUUUUCAUGAGGCGGUGGGGCCCGGGAAGGAUACGAACGCAUACCGGUUGUGUGUAGAGGUGUUGGAGAGGGAGAUGUGGGGGAGCACUUGGGGUGGGGCCCCCCCGCCAGUUGUGGCGGUGGACGAUCUUCAAAUGAAGCUUCUACUUCUCGAAAAUAGAGUGGCAAUGGCACGAUCUUUGUUUCCUGUGGAAACCAGAUUAGCCUUGCACAUAGCACAUGCAGAUUCGACCUCUGAGUUUGGCGGGCUCUCGGAACCCACAUCACGGGCAAAUUUGACAGAGGUCAAUUCAAAUGAAAUGCCACCCGAUGAGGUCAAUAGGCUCCAGCAGAGAUUGCAUGCCUUGCAGAAAACCGUGGAAGCAAUGCUCCGGUUUUUCCCCAACUGCUCAGAAGUUGUGGAUAAGCUGUUGGAGGAUGACACUUUGGGCGAUCUCCUAUUGGAAGAAGGAAGUCCCGAGGAGCAGAGAACAAAGAGAGUGAGGUAUAUGGAGCUCAAGGCGGAUUUGGCAAAGGCGUUCAAUAAGGAUAUGACUUGAAAUAAACGAAGGGCUUCGCGUCGUGUGCCUUCUCCCGCUCGACGUAAUUCAAAAGGAUAAAAUGUGAUGAAUGGUAACUGUCCAUUCUUUUUAAUCCAAGAUUUGGAUUCUUGGAAGGCUAGCCUUUCUUAUACAGUUGAAAAGAGACUUUAUGCUUGUUAACUUGUAAGAGGCUUCUGCUGCUGAACACACACACACACACACA